UUUCUUUUGGUUCGAUCAACGCCUAACUUUAGGCACAGAUCCUACAAUUUUUUCUUUUCAUUUCCGUUUGAUACAUAGUUACCAUCAGAUAGCUUCAUAGGAGACGGAGGCAACUUGGACGAUCAGAUCAGUGCAGAGAUGGCUGGAUCAGCAGCGUUACUGAGCGGCCAUGGCGACGAGUUCUUCGCGCAAGAAGACUGGCCGAUCCUCCACGAUGUGGGGCUCGACGAUUUCAACUUCGACUCGAACUUGUCAAACUCCGUCAAUCCGAUCGGUCGCACGGAAGGCGUUUUCGAGCCACAGGCAUCUGCUUCGUUGGGUUAUGAUCGCCCGUCAAUCUCAUCGUGUUCGGAAACCAUUAUGCCGUCUGAUGCAUUUCUGCAAUCUCUGACCAGUAACAGUGCAGCUUGUCAGUUCAGUUCAGUCGGCACAAACACCAGCAGCAAUGUGAUGCUGCCGCGGGACGAGCUCCCGAGUAGGCAUUUCGGUUUCGAAGUGCCGUCGGCGGCCAGUCAGGAGGCGCCGCCGCCGGAGAAAUCAAGCCAGGACAUGGAGGCAAGAACGAAGCAGCGGGAGAAGCGGCAGCAGGCUAAGCAGAGAUACAACGACAAGAAGAAGAACAGGAGGUUUGGCAAGCAGAUAAUGUACGUAUCCCGGAAGGCAAGAGCAGACACACGGAACCGUGUCAAAGGCAGAUUUGCAAAGGCUUCGAGCAGUGCUCAUGGCGACAAUCCAGAUAUGCAGCCCUAGCUGAAUUACAUAUAUAACAGUGCAUUGGGGGUAGGAAGAAGCAAAACAUUUUUUCCAGUCUUUUUAAGCCAAAAACAUUUUUCCAGUAUAGAUAGGUCAUACAUCAGGUACUGAGGAAUAAGUGUAGGAUCAUAGGUUGUUUAUUCCAUCAAAUAUUUAUCUUUCUUCAUUUCCUCAGUUAUUUUUUUAGCAUAGGAUAGUUUUAGAUGAGGUAAUCUUUUUUGAGGGAAUUUUUUUUUACGGCAUAAACCAAGGGCUCCUGUUUGUAAAUCAUUACAAUUUUGCAGGAUGAGCCCUAGGAGGUCUAGUCUGUUUCCUUUUGAGAUUUUGACAAUCACUGUCAUAUGAUGUAAUAAAUGGAAUCUUGUAUGUUAUGUGUUCUUCGUAUACGGAUUUAUUGAGAUUACUA